CAUAAACCUAAUCCAAUUCAGUGUGACUGCAAAACUAUUCUUUCGCCAUGUCCACCUUACUUCACUCUGCUUCCUCUUCUCUCUCUCACAUCACUCGUCAUUUCGCUCCUUCUCCUCGGAUCUCACUCCGAAACGGCGUCAGAUGCAAUUUGAUAGAGGCGACGGUGAGGUUGGAGAAUGGAAGGCCAAGUCCAAGUGAGUUGGUAGUUAGCGGCGGUGGAAAUGCGAUUCCGAGUAUCUUUGCGGCACCAAAUGCGCGUUUCGAGGAUUUGGUUAACCGAAACGACACUCGUCUUCGAAUAUUUUCCGGCACCGCCAAUCCGGCACUUGCUCAGGAAAUUGCAUGCUACCUGGGCCUGGAGCUAGGAAAAAUUAAGAUAAAGCGUUUUGCUGAUGGUGAGAUAUAUGUUCAGCUGCAAGAGAGUGUCAGGGGGUGUGAUGUGUUUCUUGUGCAGCCCACAUGUCCUCCCGCCAAUGAGAAUCUUAUGGAGCUUCUCAUAAUGAUUGAUGCUUGCAGGAGAGCGUCGGCCAAAAAUAUUACUGCAGUCAUUCCAUAUUUUGGAUAUGCUAGAGCUGAUAGAAAGACUCAAGGUCGUGAGUCCAUUGCUGCCAAGCUUGUAGCAAAUUUAAUUACAGAAGCAGGUGCAAAUCGUGUGCUUGCUUGUGACCUCCAUUCUGGGCAGGCCAUGGGCUAUUUUGAUAUUCCAGUUGAUCAUGUGUAUGGACAGCCUGUUAUACUUGAUUACCUUGCCAGCAAGACUAUUUGUUCAGAUGAUUUGGUAGUUGUCUCGCCAGAUGUUGGUGGUGUUGCUAGAGCACGUGCUUUUGCCAAAAAAUUAUCUGAUGCUCCUUUGGCUAUUGUUGAUAAAAGGCGUCAUGGGCAUAAUGUUGCUGAGGUGAUGAAUUUGAUAGGAGAUGUAAAGGGAAAGGUAGCAGUUAUGGUAGAUGACAUGAUUGAUACUGCUGGGACUAUUGCCAAAGGUGCAGCUCUCUUGCAUCAAGAGGGGGCAAGAGAAGUCUAUGCAUGCAGUACACAUGCUGUUUUCAGUCCUCCUGCUAUAGAGAGGUUGUCUAGUGGUCUGUUUCAAGAAGUUAUAAUAACUAAUACGAUUCCAGUGGCAGAACAGAAUUACUUUCCCCAACUUACUGUCCUAUCAGUGGCAAACCUUCUGGGCGAGACUGUGUGGCGUGUUCAUGAUGAUUGCUCAGGUGCAAUUGAACCUUAUUCCAGUUUGGGCAUUGAUUGAACAAUUUGUAUCAAUGGUAUGCUCCUUCCAGCUUAUGACACUGCGGUAACAAGCUGCAAAAUUGUAUAGUCGAUUUAUAGCAAAAGCUUUUCCUUAAGAGUAACUUCUAGUGAGCUGUUUCGGGAGUUUUUUGUACCUACAAAAUACAUUAUAGGUGUAUUUGAAAUCCACAAUGGAAAUCGCGUGUCUUUUCCAUUAAUUUAUGUCAGUACAAUUUUUUAAGUCAAAUGGUGAAUUUACCACAUUAACGGUAUUGAAUUGUGUGGCUAUAUUAUUCUUAGUCUGUCAAUUCCUUGUCCUUAUGUAUUAACAGAAAA